AUGGCAACCCUGUCCAGACGAAGUGACGUUGAAAUCCUUGGCUACUGCAUGCUGCGGUGGCUGUGUGGGAAACUUCCCUGGGAAAAGAACCUGAAGGACCCCAAGGCUGUGCAGACUGCUAAAACAAAUCUGUUGGAUGAGCUCCCUGAGUCAGUGCUUAAUUGGGCUCCUUCUGGAAGCAGUUGCUAUGAAAUAGCCCAGUUCUUGGAAUGUGCUUAUAGUUUAGCAUAUGACGAAAAGCCAAAUUAUCAAGAGCUCAAGAAAAUUUUGAACCCGAGUGGCAUUCCUUUAGGACCAUUGGAAUUUUCCACGAAAGAAGAGGGUGUAAAUGUGCAUACUCCAAACAAUCAAAGAGUUGAUUCACGAAAGGCUGCAACAAAGCAAGUCAAUCAGAUGCAAAAUAGGUUAAUAGGAAAAAAAGUCCACAGUGAAAGAAGUGGUGAGUCCUGUACAACACAGAGGAAAGGGGGAAAGGAGAAGACGCUCAUGGGACUGGUGAACAGUGAAGCAGCUCAGGAAAGCAUAAGGAGAAGACAAAAAUACCAAGAUGCUCAAGAACUUCUGAAUGUAGUAAAGCCUUUCCCACAAAAAUUCAGCUAUAUACAAUUCCCAAAUUCGUUUUAUAAAUCUCAUGAGGAUUUUAUCAGUCUAGAUACAUUUAACAAGUCAAGAUCUCCGUCUGGGUAUAAAUACACUUCCCCAAUUAGUAUAGGAGUCACAGACUUAGACAGAUCUUCAGGACUAUAUUAUUAUGUCUUCAUCAUACUUGUCCUUUUGGUGUUAAUAUGUCUUGCUUUGUAUUUUCUCUGAAGAUACAAAUAGAAUCCUUGUGUUUUUUUUAAAGUUUCCAGUUCUUCAUUAUUUUAGGGUUUCCUCCCAGACAUUUUCAAGGUAA